AUGGACGUCCUGCUUGCACAAUGUGAACAGCCUUUGGACCCACUCAGCGUUGAUAAUGUACGACAGAAGAACCUCGAGGAGUCUCAAAUUUACCAAAAGAGUCUCUCCGAGCUUCGGCAUCUGGAAGAGAGCCAUAGUUCUAUCUCGUCGGAGACCCGUAGGCAGAGGCAUCAAGAGGAGGAGAAAGCGCGGGAUGCGGACCUACAAUCGGUUGAGGAGCUGCAUCAAGUAUCAACUGCAAGUCCCCCCACGGAGCAAAGUCGAGAGAGUAAAAACCAGGCGGUUCGAAUAUUAAUGGAGCGCGAGACACCUCUCUUACUUUCGGAUAUGGACACCUACGGUCAGCAGUCUAUUAAGAUAGAUCGAUAUAUCAGAAGCACGAAUGAAGUUAGGAGAAAUCUGGUGGACAUUCAUUAUAAACUUGACCCCAAUCGGUUUUACUACUUCACUUUGUGGUCAGAAGAUCAAGCCGAUUCACGCCGCUUUCACAAGAUCAGCAAAAGAACCACGGAUAUUCAUGAUAGUAUUUCUCGACUUUACUACGCCAAUAUCGCCCUCCAGAAUCCGUCUCCUGGGCUACGAUGCUACACAGUAAUCACCGUCUGCGUCGAUGAACAAUGCUCGCCUCUCGCUGUUGGUGCGUGA